AUGCAUUAUUCAACCCUCAGAUCUCUCUUCCUAAUCUCCACAGCCGUCUCCCUCACAUCCGCCGCAACAAUCCCAAUCGGCAGUGACAUCUCAGCACUAGCCGUCGACAAGCUCAAUGACGCUCAAUUCCGCGAAUCCCACCAAAGGGAUGCAGCCGCUACUCGAGCCUUCGAUUCCAUCUCCAUUAAAUCCUCAGCCGGGAAAUGUCUUUCAAUCGACCCACUUGCCGGUGACGCCCGCGGUAAUAACUUACCAGUCCAACUAAAGGAUUGUGAUAACAGUUCGAACCAGAAGUUCGAUAUUAUCACUGCGGGGAAACAUAAUGAUAAGCCGGGGAAUAUGUUGAUUGUUAGCGCUUUGACACAAGGCUGCCUCACCAUCAACGGCCGUCAAACCGUUCUAUUCUCUUGCGGCGGUGCAGCAAACGGUUCCGGAAAAGUAGCCAAUAACCAAUUAUUCACCUACACCGAUCCAACUGCCACCGGCCCAUUGGAACUUGAAACCCGCGGUGAAGUUGGUUUCUGCGUUACUGCCGAAGAUGCCGGCGAGAGACUCGAUAAGUCCCUUUGCAUCCAGAACAACCAGAUCCAAACAUUUACCUUCGUGACCGGCGAUGCUCGAGUCGUUGCUGGAGGAAAUGCUGGAGGAAAUGGAGGCAGUCUUGGAGGUGACAAUGGGAAUAACAAUGGAGGCGGAAAUGGAGGUAAUUUUGGAGGUGAUAAUGGGAAUAAUAACGGGGGUAACUUUGGAGGAAAUAAUGGAAAUAAUAAUGGAGGAAAUGGAGGAAAUGUAGGAAAUAAUAACGGCAACAACGGUGGAAAUAACGGACUCAACGGUGGUAAUAACGGCGGCAAUAAUGGAGGAAACAAUGGAGGAAACGUCGGCAAUAACGGUGGCAACAACGGUGGAAACAACGGUGGAAACAACGGUGGAAACAACGGUAUCAAUAAUGGGAACAACGGUGGGAACAAUGGAAUAAACAACGGCAACAAUGGCAAUAAAAACGGCAAUAACGGCAACAUCAACAAUGGAAACAACAAUAAUCGAAAUGGAAAUAUUGGAAAUGGAAAUAACGGGAACAAUGGAAACAACAAUGGAAACAAUGGGAUUGGGAACAAUAGGAACGGUAACGUUGGGAAUGGGAAUAACGGAGUCAAUAACGGGAACAACAGGAAUGGGAAUAACCAGAAUGGUGGAAACAAUCAAAACGGAGGAAACCGCAAUGGUAACAACCAAAAUGGUGGUAAUAACCAGAACGGUGGAAACAACAGAAAUGGAGGAAACAACCAGAACGGAGGAAACAAUCAGAACGGAGGAAACAAUCAGAACGGGGGGAACAACCAGAAUGGGGGAAACAACCAGAACGGAGGCAAUAACAAUAACAGGAAUGGAAAUAUUAACAAUGGAAAUAUUAACAAUGGAAACAACGGCAAUGGAAACAACGGCAACGGGAACAACGGCAACGGGAACAGGAACGGAAACAACGGUAACAACAAUGGGACCCCCACUUUCAAUUUCGGAGAAGGGUUCCGAACAAUCGUAGUACGAGCAGCUGCUCCAACAGCUUAA